UAUUGGUAAAAUAAAACGCCACUUCAAGUUCUCUGAAGAGUUCUCCAUUCGCCUUUUCAACGCAAGAUGGGAAAACUCUCGAAUCUCCGCGUGCUCAGUGCGAUCCUCGACUGAACAGCGACAGUCUUGAAGACACCGCUGUCUGCCGCUGUUCUGCUCUGCUGCUGUCCGUGGUCCUGAAGUAGAGUGCGUCGUCUUGCUCACAAGGGUCAUGAAAAACGCCGCUGUUCUGCAUGCUCCUCUUCACAACAUUGGCCGUAUAGGCGGAGGACUUGAAUCCGUACUUUUCCGCCUCAGCUUAUUCAACUAACGACCAUCAAGCUAUGAUUGUUACUAUGUUCUCUACUUCUUCCCAGUGAGUGCGCACGGAAAAGUGUGGAAGAUAAAACGUCUAUUUAGGCUAACAUUUAACUUUCCCUCGCGAAAAGGAGAUGUUAGGUGUAAAUGUCGUUUAUUUUAGUUAUUUUGUUCUCCUCUUAAAGUUGUAUCUUCCGGAUCUCUGGUCUAUUAUCAUUCCCAUUGCCAUGCACGGGCUGCUGGAUGUAUGCAACAAGACCGAAUGGUGUUUUUGAUCUGCAGCAUUUGGAAGUUGAUUGAAAUGACUCUCACUGCCGUGGACGACUAGGAUCAGCCUAUUGACAACAAUAGUGGGAAAUAUAAUUUCGUAAAUCUUUUUUUCGAGUCUUAUUUUUCACACAUGAACUGCCUAUUGUGGUGUUGUUAUCUUAAUCUCAGGGAAAUAAGGUAUAAUCAUGUAUCAGACCGAUUUGUGUGUGCAUAUCACAUCGCUCGCGCUGCUCCAAAGGCAUCGGUACCGAGAAUGGUCUAGUAUCUAACUGCUUUUACGCACAACAAUAGCAACUGAAGGGGGAUUAUCUUUUUAUCUGGAGGCUGGUGGUUUUAUCGAAUUGUUCAUCUGGAAGUUGUUGUGUCCUGUGUUUUAAUCCGUUCUACCGGGUUUGGAUCUCUGUUGAUCCGGACUCCUACUAGUGGAACCAGGCAUUUCAACGCGGAAUACCGCGGCGAAGGAUGGGCCCUCUCUUUCCAAUGACCUGCGUUGUCCUCCUCGCCCUCCACGCCACCGUGUCACCAGCCUCCCUCAAUCCCGAGGAUUACGCCGCGGACGAGGCCGAGCGAACUGCCAACAGCGACACCAUCAUUUUCGACGACUACCGGGGGAAAGUUUGCGUGGACGACAGUGGCUUCGUUUACAAAUUGGGGGAGCGUUUCUUCCCGGGACACUCGAACUGCCCGUGCGUGUGCACCGAGGACGGGCCGGUGUGCGACCAGCCGGAGUGCCCCAAGAUACACCCGAAGUGCACAAAAGUGGAGCACAAUGGAUGCUGUCCGGAAUGCAAGGAGGUUAAAAACUUUUGUGAAUACCGGGGGAAAACUUACAAGAUCCUGGAGGAAUUUAAGGGUUCCCCAUCCGACGAGGAAGGGACCAGUCCGCCCGUCGUGGCUCCCGCCGUCGCGCCUGUACUACCCCCGGCCCUUCCCCCAGCCUCAGCCCCAGACUCUGCAGCACAGCUCCAAUCAAGAACCAGGAGAUAUAGGCCCUCGCCUUGUGAGUGGUGUCGCUGUGAACCAAAUAACGAGGUGCACUGUGUGGUCUCUGACUGUGCCGUCCCAGAGUGUGUCAACCCAGUCUACGAGCCAGAACAGUGCUGUCCCAUCUGUAAAAACGGUCCAAAUUGCUUUGCUGGAACGACGAUCAUCCCAGCCGGUAUUGAAGUGAAGGUGGACGACUGCACCAUCUGCCGCUGUCACAAUGGGGACUGGUGGAAGCCAGCACAGUGCCUGCGCCGGGAGUGCCUCAACGGCCAGACGUUGUCAUAGAAACCCCGCCGGGGACGGUGUCGGUGAUGUGCGGUCAGGGAGCGGUCCUGCCUGCUGCCGUGGCAAACCAACAAAACCCUCAUCUUGUGUUAUUGAUAUGAUGGACAGGACAGGAGCACAAUUCCUUGGCAACUUUGGCUAGGAGACUGAAUAACUAGCUGAAAUGAAAAGCUCUCGUACACAGUACCUACACACUACCACUACCACAACUUUAAACACAGAGGAGAGGAGAGAGCAGGAGGAGGAACUUUUAUUGAGACUGUUUUUUUCCUGUUUUGACUGUCUGACUAUAUAUAUUUUCUGAUAAUUACUUCUUGCUUCUGCUGCUUAUAAACACAAUAUAUUUCAUGAACUAAUUUCCUCCUAACUGUUGGCACUGUUAAAAUGCUCAGUUGUUUUCUGUAAGUCUGUAAACUUGAUGUAGCUGUCACUCACUCACUUACAGGUGUUUUGAAAUUAGAUCUAGAGGGUUUAACAGGACACAAUGACCAGAUAACCAGUAAGCACACAAUUCAUGGCGCUUUUAGCAAAAAUGGGGCUGGGGUUUCAAUCGAAUAAGUGAGAUGUCUUCAUCACGCUGCUCCACUAUGAUUUACAAUGGUCACCCAAGGAGAUCACUCACAGCUGUUGGCUUCUCACUUCUUGUAUGAUCUCUGUAUGAGUCAAUAACACGAGUUCACUCUUGAGGAUGGGGUCACUGAAAUGAAUGAAUGACAUACAAUGUCAGCAUCCUGAUGUGUCAUCUGGGCUGGCAAAAGCUGCAUAACCACAAACAGAUCCCUUCAGUUACAGUAUUUACAACACAGAAUAUUCUUUGAGGUGCUCUUCUCUGCAUGGGGAGAAUGGAGGCCAGUUUUAUCCAAUAUAUCCAACCGAUACAUUAGUAAGUGAUAAAAGUUACUGGAAAAAGUAAAAAAGGGAACCAACUUUACUUAUUACAGGAGUUGAAAUAAGGAAUUUAGUUAGAAGCCAUGCAACCCAUAACAGAGGGGGUAAAAACUGCUCCAGCAUCAAUACACUACCGGGGCCAUUCCUCUUGGCUUAAUUGCCUUUAUUGUUUUCCCUGAAGGCCCAAACCAACAAAAAAUAUUCCUCAGAGCGAACAGCUUGAACUUGAUAUCGAAGCAAUUAGCGAGCCAAGCAGCGGCCUGCUUUCAUUUCCCUUAAUCAAGGAGUAUUCAGGCCGGGCCUCUCUGCACUCAGCAGUAUGCCGCCCGCAUUUUGUCUGCAAGCAGAAGCCAAGCACCCAGCACACUUGGCAAGAACUCUGAGAGAGACAAAGGGGAAAUCUGCAUAUGUCUUCUUGAUGCUUCAAAGCAAAGGAGCACUCACACACACACACACACACACACACACACACGUAUGCACACACAUACUUGUAUGCACACCCUUUCAUCCUCUAUAGGCCCAUACAUAUAGUCCUGGCAAUUCAUUUUCACCUUAAAAAAUGUUUAUACACUGCACCCCAAGAAGAAGCACUUAAGCCAAUAAGGCUCUCGCCGAGAUAAAAAAGCUCCUCUCCUCCUGUCUAUAGAUUACACAAUAGAUUCUGUUUGAGCUAAUGCAUUGCUUUGCCUAUAUAUUCCUAUUGGUUUCAGCAUCACACUCCAACCAACCCCACCCAUAACCUGGGUAGCGUGCACAACCCACGCUCUCUUUCUUUUUGAAAUGAUGAAUACUAGUCAUUAUUCAAAGGCGAAUUUCCUACUAAGCCCAUGCAAUUUAUCACUGAUGCUUUUUGUGUGUGCUUCAGUGUAAAUCCAUUCCUGUUAACCUUUUAGAAGCUAUUCCUCCUGUUUGAUGGAUGAACUACUUAAUAACGCCUUCCAGCUCCUGGUAAUGAGACAGAAAUGAACACAGGAGACCCCUGACUAGAGGAGGAGGAAUAGAAUAUCACAUAGUCUACAUCCCUAAUGGCACCCCAUUUCCUAUGGGCCCUGGUCAAAAGUAGUGCACUAUAGAGGGAAUAGGGUCCCAUUUGGGACACAACCAACAUAUACAUUACCUAAUGAGCCUCCCCUCCCAAACACAUCUCUGUCUGCAGUGCAGCCACUGUAUUGUAGACUACAUUCUGUUCUACUCAGCUGCCUGCAGUCUUUUUACUAUUGAAUUAUGGGGAAUUCAGAUGAUGAACGAAUGAGGGAAACUGACUUAAAUUCCGGUUGCAUCAUUAUGGUCAGAGUUGCUCAGGUCAUUUUGAUCAUGACCUUGGCUCGUGAUGAAUGAGUCAUUCAUAAUGAGAAGAGAGACUGCAUUUAUCAAGCCAGAAUACCUACACAGACAGUAUAUACCUACACAUCACUCUACAGGUCCAUACAUUGUAUGCGACUCCAUGACACCUUUAGACAGCUUUAUCAGUCAUCUCUUUUAAUUAGGUCUAUCAUAGGCCUGAUAUCUGGGAUUUUCUCUUCAGUGUGUCAUUCAUUUUUAUGACUGGAUAUAGAUUCUUGUUUUGUCCUUGUCCUCCUUUAUUAUUUUGUGUAUCUUGUAUAGAACUAGGCCACUAGCUAUCUUUUAAUUUCUCGCCUAAUGUUUUUUAGCCCUUUUUUUUAUUUUAUUUUAAAGCUUUUAUCUUUUAAUGUUUGCCCUCAAUGUCAAAGAGCUUUGUGAUUUACGUCUGUAAACAAAAAGUGCUCUACAAAUGCAAUGUAUUAUUAUCAUAACAAUGCACAUACAGUAUACAGCUCUGGGGAUAGGGAAGGGAUCCUCGAGGGGUCGUGUGGGGUGUAGGGUCAGCAGUGACCCCUUAGUAACUCCCUCAAGCUCAUGCAGAGCAGACCCUCCGGUCUAAGAUCAUGUUGAAAUAACCUAUCUCACAAAUAUAUUGAUAAUCACUUAUUCUGAUACUUACGCUAUAUUGACAUUCACAUUUUUGUUUGUCUCAUGAACAGUUGUACAAUGGGUUACUACAGGGAGCUUUCAAAGUAGUCCAACUGUUCAGUGACCUUCCAAUUCGAUAUGAAAAUAUUCAGAAGUGUGCAUUAGAUUUUGAAUCCAACUCUGAGACUCCAGCUGGAGUCAAGAAUUAGCCUUCAGUAAUAGGUUAAAAAAUGUAUCAAAAGAUAGUCUGAGGGAGCAGUCAAUAUCCCUGUUCAUUUUCUGUUCAUAAAAGAGUCUGGUCUUUUGUGUUUCUGGCCCUGAAAGUCUAGCCUACUACUCAUGCACUCACCCGCCUGCCAACCAACUCCAAACACUGCUCAUUCACCGCCUGUCGCCAUGCUGUAAAGGUGUACCAUACCAUUGCUCUUUUCAGGAGACACAGACUUAUUGUAGCUGGACGAUAUGAAAGAUUGUUAUAUUGCUUUAAAAAAAAAAAAACACUGUUACAUAAAGUGUGCCUGAAAAACCAACAGAGUACUAUCUAAUAAGGAGAGAAAAACACAUUAAACAAAUUGUAUUAUUACAUGGGCACUGGGGGUUAAUCCUAAAGAUGAUACAAAUAUUAACUCUGAUUGUUAUAAUUUAAUGUUAUAUUGAAUUAGAGCCAGAAAUUAUAAUAAUAAAAUAAAGACAGGGUUUGGUUGGAAGUAACAAGACACACACACACACACCUCUACACCACAGUUUAGAAGACAUAGUGGGUACAUCUAACCAAACACUCCAAAUGUUUAUUCCAAAUGAAAUGAAACAACCCUUGGUGCCCUUCAUAGUGUAUAAUAACUUGUAAAUACCUUCAAAACGUAUUGUGUGUGUUCUGGAAAUCAGAGGUGGAGAAAAGAAAAUGUGUAUUAUUUAUGAAGACAAAAACUAUUUUGUUAAAGACUGAAAAA